AUGAAGUUCUCGGCGACAGUCACACUCAUUCUAGGUAUUUGCGCUAGCAUAAAAGCCGCCAAGACCAGACCAAACAUUGUCUUCAUCUUCACCGAUGAUCAAGAUCUUCGACACGGCUCCUUGGAGACUCAGAGAGCUGUGCAGAGACAUUUGGCUGCAAAGGGCACCACCUUCACCAACCACUAUUCUACAGUUGCUGUUUGUUGUCCUAGCCGAGUAUCGUUGAUGCGUGGUCAAGCUGCGCACAAUACGAACAACACGGCUAUCAGAGCGCCUGGCGGCGGAUAUCCCAAGUUUGUGGCUUCGGCAGAGAACGAAAACUAUCUACCCCACUGGCUUUCCAAGGCUGACUACAAUGCUGAGUAUAUCGGAAAGCUUUUCAAUGGCAACUCCCUCUUGAAUUACUCCCCUGGUCCUCUCGGCUGGCGGCACAUUGACGUCCUCCUCGAGCCCUACAUAAAUACCCACAAUACCGUGGUCAUGUCCGAGAACGGAGCAAGACCAAAGCACUACAGUGGCUUUCAACAAACAGACGUCAUUCGCAUCAAGGCACUUGAGCGGCUAAGAUUGCUCAUCGAUGAGGAGAACCCUUUCUUCCUGAUGAUAUCCCCAACCGCACCGCAUGUUCAGAACCUCUACGACCCGCCUGCUCCACCUGCGCGCUAUUAUGGGCUCUUUAAUGACACAACCGUCCCACGAACACCCAACUUCAAUCCUCCUCAAAAGUACCAAAAGGGCAAGCCGAGUUGGCUUCGUGAUUUAGCGCCACUGAACUCAACACAAAUUGAUGAGAUCGAUCUACUUUAUCAGCGUCGACUGGAAUCCCUAAGGGGUGUCGACGACAUUGUUGACGAUGUUGUGGAAAUGCUUGAGAAGAGGGGCAUCAUAGAUAACACAUACAUAAUAUACUCCACUGACCAGGGUUAUCAUCUCGGAACACAUCGUCAUUCGGGAAAGUCUCUUCCCUACCUUGAGGACUCUAAUAUUCCUUUAGUCGUUAGGGGUCCUGGAGUCCCUCAAGGCGUUAUCUCACGGACUCCUAGUACAGUUACUGACUUUGCACCUACUUUUCUUGAGAUUGCUGGACUCGCUCCUGAGCUACAUCCACCUUUCUUUGAUGGUGCCAGCCUUUUGACGGCAUGGAAGCAUCCAAAUACUCCAGCACUAGCUAAAAAAAAGGAAGCUAUCAAUGUCGAAUACUGGGGCUCGGCAUACACUGAGAUUCCAACGUGGUCUUCCGGCGACUAUGGUGUUUACUUCCCUGGAGUCUACCUCGACAAUGACUACAAGACGAUGCGGGUUGUUGGGGAGAAGAGUUCGUGGAUGUACUCCAGAUGGUGUACCAAUGAUACAGAGCUGUAUAACACGACUGAUGACCCUUAUGAGUUGAAAAAUCUCGCCAACUUGACUGAUCCGCACACUCGACGAGUCAAGUCCAGGUUAAACGCGUUGCUGAUGGUCACCAAAUCCUGCACCAAAUCAACCUGCCGUGACCCUUGGAGCAUCAUUCAGCCUCCGUCUCCUCGCCAUGGUAAAAGGGUUGAGACUUUGCAUGAUGCUCUGGAUCCUCACUAUGAUGCCUUCUAUGAGGCAUUCCCGCUUGUCACUAUCGAUGAAUGCAUGAAUUACCAGUUCGCAGCUAACGAGGGUCCCUUUUUCCCACCAAGUGCUCAAUUUGAGCUUGGUUUGGAGUACCGAAACAGUACCGAUAACUUCGCUUAUGCAACGGCGGACCCCAUCGAAACGAUUGCCGAAAAUUCCCCACUUGCUGGAGGCUGGGAACAACGCCAGGCGACAUAUGAAACCCUGGUAAAGGCUGCUAGAGUACUCACAGAUCGUGAGAUCAACAACCCCUCAUAA